AUGUUCUCUCUCCGCACAUUCAGCGCGGUCGCUGCACUGUGCGCAACUGCUACCAGCCAGCAGGUCAACCCUACCAUUUCCCAGAUCAACGGCAAUAAAUUCCUCUCGCCAUUCAACGGCCAGAAUGUAACUGGAGUGCGCGGACUGGUGACCGCCAAGGGACCGCAAGGCUUCUGGAUUCGGUCUACUACACCCGACAGCGAUGCCAGCACAUCCGAGUCGAUUUAUGUCUUUGGCACUGAAGGGCUCGCCAAUGCCACCGUGGGCAACGUCGUCUCUCUCAAUGGCAGAGUGACCGAGUUCCGUACCAAUGCAGCCUAUAUCUUUCUGACCGAGAUUGACCGCCCAACCGACAUUACCACCAUUUCCACUGGUAACGCCGUGGUUCCUCUGGUCAUUGGACAAGGAGGCCUCAAUCCGCCUACCGAGCAAUUCAGUUCGCUUGACAAUGGCGACGUCUUCGCCGCACCCAACAAUCAAAGCUUGAUUUCUGUUGCCAAUCCAACUUUAGACCCUAGUCAAUAUGGAAUCGAUUUUUGGGAGAGCUUGAGCGGAGAGCUCGUGACCAUCCGUGGACCACGCGCUCUCAGUAGACCAAACAGCUUCAACGACACCUGGGUGGUUGGGGAGUGGAAUACGACAGGCGAAAAUCUUCGCGGAGGCCUGACCAUGAGCGAUCGUGAUGCAAACCCCGAAGCCAUUCUCAUCGGCAGCCCACUCGAUGGCACGACAAACCCCUCGACGACUCUCCUGGGUGAUUCUCUCGAAGAGAUCACUGGUGUGGUCACUCAGGGCUUUGGCUUCUACAGAAUUCUCCCCACUACCAUGAUCCGAACCGUCUCGUCGAGAAGUCCUGCUGUGCCACCGCCUACCACUCUGGAGUCCAGCGGGUCCUGUGAUGGUAUCACUGUAGGCCAAUACAAUGUCGAGAACCUCCAGCCCGCUUCCGACAAUCUCCAAGCCAUCGCCUCCCACAUCGUGGAGUACUUGAAAACCCCGGAUCUCCUCUUCCUCCAAGAGGUCCAAGACAACAACGGCGCAGUGAACGACGCUGUUGUCUCCGCAGACAUCACACUGACCACUCUCCGCGACGCCAUCAACACCCUCUCCUCCAGCACCAACUACAGCUUCGUCGACCUCCCCCCCGUAGACGACCAAAACGGCGGCCAGCCCGGCGGCAACAUUCGCACCGCAUAUCUCUACAAAGCCGACCGCAUCCGUCUCGUCAACGGCACCGCAGGCUCCAGCACGCAAGCCAACGAAGUCCUCCCCGGGCCCUCCCUCCGCUACAACCCAGGCGUCAUCGAUCCCACCAACGCCGCCUGGGACGCCUCCCGCAGACCCCUGGCAGCACACUGGGAAACGGUAGGAAGCGAGGGCACAUUUUUCACCUUCAACAACCACUGGACGUCCAAAGGCGGAAGUUCCUCUCUCCAUGGCGACGCGCGCCCGCCCGUCAACAACGGCAUCACGCAACGCGUCGCCCAAGCACAAGUCCUCGGCUCUUUCAUCCGUUCCAUUCUCGACGCGGACGCGAAUGCAAACGUCAUGUCUGCGGGCGAUUAUAACGAAUUUAGCCCCGUGCAGCCUUUGCGGACGUUUACGUCGGUGUCGGGAUUGCGGGAGUUGGAUGAGGCGUUGGGGUUGCCUGAGACGGAGAAGUAUUCGUAUUUGUUUGAUAUGAAUACGCAGGCCCUGGAUCACAUGUUUGUGAGUCCACGAUUGGCUACGAGUGCGGGGAGUGCGUCGGAGCAUGUACAUGUGAAUACGUGGACGACGGUGGAUGCGCAGGCGAGUGAUCAUGAUCCGAGUGUGAGUCGGUUUGAUGUGUGUCGAUAG